CGUGCAGCGAGGACUCAUUUCCCAGCGUGCCUCAGGACGAGAGGGCGGCGUUUUUCCGAUAUGUCAGGAGUCGCGUUCCUAAGCAGGAACUGCGGUAGCCAAGGCUGAGCGAAAGCCAAUGCUGAGUGGGCAGCUGAUCGAGCGCCUGUCCUCCAUGGCCGGCCGCGUCUGUGUAGCCCGUAGCAACGCGGGAUCAGGGACGAUUGGACCUGUCGAGGCUGCGAUUCGCACGAAGUUGGAGCAGGCCCUGAACCCCGAGAUACUGGAGCUGCGCAAUGAGAGCGGUGGCCAUGCGGUCCCACCAGGCAGCGAGACGCAUUUCCGCGUGGCGGUGGUGAGCUCUCGCUUCGAGGGACUGAGCUCCCUGCAACGGCACCGGCUAGUCCACGCUGCCCUGUCCGAGGAGCUGGCUGGGCCAGUCCACGCGCUGGCCAUACAGGCGCGGACCCCUGACCAAUGGAGGGAGAACCCUCAACUGGACACGAGCCCCCCCUGCCUGGGUGGAAGCAAGAAAACUCGAGGAACCCCCUGAGAGAGGAAGGACAGGGAUCUGAAUGGGUUGGGUGGAAUAAAUUACUGGAGCCUUCUUCCCUUAAA